AUGAGCACUACUAACCCUUUUGUCUACAUUGGGUUCUUCCGAACCUAUCGUGAACCUGAUUAUAAUAGGGAUCCUACCCGGCCUCCCGUUGAGCUCUAUGGUGCAGAUUCCAUUUACAAUACCUUAAUGACCAGCUUCAUCAGGAAAAGUCAGCUCGAAUUGAUCGCAUUUACCGCCCAAGAACUUUGCAAAAACGUCAAGCCCAAAGUUAUUACCAAGAUCACAGAAAAGAUUGGGACCAUAUACUUCCUCGACCCGGGAAACGGCGUUGCUACCUUCCUCGUCACAUCCGCUGAGUAUGAGAAUCUCCCUAUCAAUAGGUCGGACACCGGCCCUAAUCGUCAGGACACAGCGGCGGAGACUAUAGUAAAAUAUGUCCGUCGGAAGCUGGAGAGCAAGAUAGGCGUCGAUUUCGCUCUGACACUGAAAUCGAGAGAAGAGGUUGACCCGAAGGAUUCCAAGAGACGAGAGGAAGUUAUUGCCCUGGCAAAGAACGAAUUGAAUGCGUAUCUUACUCGCGCAAACCAGGAACCUAAUAACGUUCGAAGAAUCACCCUGGAUGAUCGGAUUACGGAAAUCCAGGAUCAGCUCGAUGAUGUAAAGAGAGUGAUGCACAGGACAAUCGACGAGGCUUUGAGGAAGGGAGAGAAGCUGGAUAGUCUGAUCGCCAAGAGUGAUAAUUUGAGCAUGCAGAGCAGAGCAUUUGCUGCUCAGGCAAAGAAGCAGAACUCGUGUUGUGUGGUGAUGUAG